UGAUACUUUUGCUUGUGUUCUUAUCCUUUUGCUUACUCCCUUUUGUACAUUUUUAGUUUUAAACAAAGCUAUCAUCUUGUCUGCUUUUGAUUAUUCCCAUUUACACUUUGAAAACCAAAACUAAUAUAGUAAUUUUAUAUUGCCGUGUCCUCUGUUUUUGCUUAUUCCCAAUCGCACUUGUAAACAAAAGCUAUCAAUUUCAUAUUGCCAUCUUCUCUUCUUCUGCUUAUUCCCAAUUGCACCUUUAAACAAAGCUCUCAAUUUUCUAUUGACAUGUUUCUUUGUUGCAAACUUGCAACUCCAUAUAUAUAAUCAAUUACCAGUAGCAUGCUGUGCACUGACUCAUAACCCCUCUGUCUUAGCUUCUUCUUAUUGCACCAUUUCUUGGCUUUUCAUCUCUCAUUUCCAACAACUAUUUCAUUAAUUUGUGGUGCACCUAGUCAUGUCCAAAUCACUAGCAGGAAAGAGGUUUCUUGUUGGUUAUGCUCUUUCACCUGAAAAGAUGAGCACAUUUAUGAAAGAUUCUCUGGUCAUUCAUGCCCGAGAACGAGGCGUUGAUCUAAUUCCUAUCGAUAUCAACAAGCCAGUGAUAGAACAAGGUCCCUUCGACUGCAUCAUUCACAAGCUAUAUGACACAGAGUGGAGGAAACAGCUGGGAGAAUUCUCUCUUCAGAACCCUACCACCCUCAUAAUCGACCCCGUAAAUGCCAUCGAGAAGCUCCAGAAUCGAGUCUCCAUGCUAAAAUUCGUCAAAGAAUUGAAAAUCGAGAAUCUCGAAACUCCUUUGCAGGUUUUCGUUUCCGAGGAUUCAUCAGAAUCCCCGCUGGACGCCAUGACUCGUGAGGGCAUGAAAUUUCCCCUGAUUGCCAAACCCUUGAUAGCUGAUGGCUCCGCGAACUCACACCAAAUGUCUUUAGUCCUAAACCAAAACGGGUUAACAAAAUUAAACCCGCCAAUCGUCUUACAGGAAUUCAUUAACCACGGGGGAGUUAUUUUCAAGGUUUACGUAGCAGGGGAUCACGUGAAAUGUGUCAAAAGGAAGUCACUGACUGAUAUAUCAGUGGAUAAAUUGGAAACCAGCUCAGAGAACUUGAUAUCAUUUUCACAGGUAUCUAAUUUUGCUGAUCAAAAUCAGAGUGACCGCGAGAGUUUCACAGAGCUGAUGGAGGCAGCAGAGAUGCCUCCUUUGAGCUUUGUAAACGAAGUAGCUAACCGUAUGAGGGAUGCUUUGGAGCUGCAUCUGUUUAACUUUGAUAUGCUAAGGGACAGUAGAACUGGAACUCGAUAUCUUGUUAUUGAUAUCAAUUACUUCCCUGGUUAUGCUAAGGUGCCCGAAUUCGAGACUAUGCUAACUGAUUUUUUCAUUGAUAUUGCACGCAAGAAGAGAAGCAGUGAGACUGCUAAUUUGGACCAGCUGGAGACUAAGGCCAAGGAGGCAGAUUCUAAUGGAAACAAUUUAUAAAUCCUGCUGAUUAUGAUCAUUACCGUUUAAGAUCAUUGGCCUUUUACUGUUUUGAUUCAUUGGAUUUGCAUGUAUGUAACAUGUGUUAGGUUGAUUUUGGGGCUUAUAUUGGGCUUGUGAAAAACGCUUUCUUGCUCCGUGGUGAUCGAGUAGAUGUGACUGUACCUAGUACUGAAAGAAGAAUAAAUGAAGACAUCUUUGAAUAAAAACCACCAACUCCUAAGUCAAAGAUGUGUAUUUCACGGAAAAUUUUAGUAGUCUAUUUGAUUUAUUAUCAGUCUAUUUAGUUAGUGAGGAUGUAGUUUCCUCCUCAUUUCCCCUUACACUCCCCCAUUU